GCCCAGCCCAACCGAGCCGAGCCGGGCCGAACCGAGCCGAACCGGGACAAGCCGGGACAAGCCGAGCCGAGCCGGGCUGGACUGAACCGAGCCGAGCCGAGCCGAGCCGGGCCGGGCCGAGCCGUGCCCGGGGACGGCUCCGGGCGCUCCCCGCUCAGCAGCGGCCGCGGGGGCGCGGCUCGGCCCCGCUCGGCCCCGUUCCCGUGGCCGCGAUGCGGCGGGGCCGGGCCCCGCUCUGCCUCCUGCUGGCGCUGCAGCUCUGCCCGCCGCAGGUGCCGGUGCGCAGCCAGCAGUGCCCGAGCGGGACGUACACGGAGGACGGGGAGUGCUGCGCCUCCUGCCCCCCCGGCUUCGGGGUGGCCGUGCCCUGCGGCCGCGCCAACACCCAGUGCGAGCCCUGCGCCGAGAACCGGACCUUCUCGGCGGUGAGCAGCGCGGUGGAGCCCUGCCGGCCCUGCACCCCCUGCGCCCCGUCGCAGCCCCUCGCCCAGCCCUGCACGGCCGCCCGCGACGCCCUCUGUGCCGGCCGCUGCGCCCGCGGGCAUUACCGGCCCCCCGCCGACAACGGGACGGGCCCGGGGAGGCCGUGCCAGCCCUGCCGGCUGUGCCGCGAGGGAUACGGCGCCGUCCGGCCCUGCGUCCCCACGCAGGACGCCGAGUGCCGGCCCUGUCCCCAAGGCUUCUACUCGGAGGAGCGCAGCGCCGAGGCGCCCUGCCUGCCCUGCCAGCCCGGCUGCGGGCCCGGCGAGGUGAUGAUCCGCGCCUGCAGCCGCCUCUCCAACACGCUCUGCAUGGAGAAGGACCUGCAGAUCCUGAAGCGGGCGGAGGGGGACCCCCAGAAGGAGCCCCGGCAGCGGCAGCCAGUGCCGGGGGGCAGCGCGGCCCCCACCGCCUCGGCCGCCUCCUCCGAGUUCAUGCUGCCGCCCCCCGAGGACACGGGCAAGGACAUCAUCCCCGUCUACUGCUCCAUCCUGGCCGCCGUGGUGGUGGGGCUCCUCGCCUACGUGGCCUUCAAGUGGCAGAAGCAGCAGCUGGCCAAGGCGCGCGCCGGGGAGCUGGGGACGGCGCCCGAGGGCGAGAAGCUGCACAGCGACAGCGGCGUCUUCCUGGACACCCACAGCCUGCAGGAGCCCCACCAGCUCGGCAAAGCGCCCCGUCCCGAGGGGCGUCCCUACGGCGCGGUGCCGCCGCAGCGGCAGGAGGAGGUGGAGCGGCUGCUGGAGAGCGGGGGUCCCGGCGGCGACUGGCGCAGCCUGGCCGCCCGCCUGGGCUACGGGGACGAAGCCAUCGGCACCUUCGCCCGCGGCCAGGCGCCCGCCCGCACCCUGCUCGCCGCCUGGGCGGCCACCGAAGGGGCCACGCUGGAAGCCCUCUGCCUGGCCCUGGCCGCCGUGGGACGCCAGGACGUGGCCGAGCGCCUGGCGGGGCCGGGGGACGCCAGCUCCAUGGUGUGAGCGCUCCCCCGACGGCCAUUUGGGGACACCGCGAGGAUUUGGGGGCGCCGAGACCCCGGGGACGCUGCCCGCGGCCCCGCGGGGCCGGGCGAGCCCCCGGCCGCCAGCAGCUUUAUCGGGCCAUGUAUUCUUUUUUAAGCCGUUUUUGUACUUUUUUAGGAGUGUCGGGUCGGGGGGGGAGUGCCUUUUUUGUAUUUCUGGGGAGGGGGGGGGUGCAUUAAACAGCCAGACGGGC